AUGCGCAACAUAUUGAUUCCCACUUCCACUCUUUUUGAAAAUUAUUUAUACCGUAAAGGUUCCGAGAUACCUCCUCUUGAAUACAUUGAUGCUAAACGCAAAGCACAUAUAAAAUCGGGAUCUUUGGAACAACAUUUACAGCACAUCCAAGCCUAUAACCUAGCACUUGUGACUGAAGCCUCGCUCGAUUCCUCGAACAAGAACACAAAUAGAAUUUCCAACCUGUUGAGUAUUGAUGAACACACCAACAUUGACGAAAACGAAAACAUUGAUGAAACACCAUCUGCUUAUUCUCGAGAAGACCAACGUUCAGAUUUAUCCUCCCCUCCGGCGAACGUACUAUCACGAACAUCAAUAAUUGAUGAACAAACCACUCUUAACCCCUUUUCUUGUGAAGGCCAAUGCCAAGAUUCAUUUUACCCUCGAACAAGCGUGCCAUCACAAACGUCGGCGAUUAAUGAGUCAAUCCCUAUUUCUCAAGAAGAACGGCAUCCAGGUUUAUUCUCCCCUUUAACAAACAUGCUAUCGCAACAAUCAACAGUUAAUGGAUCAACUCCCCUUUCUCAGAAAGAAGGAUGCACAGAUUCGCCCUCCCCUCCAUUAAGCAUUCCAUCCCAAAAAUUAAAAGUUAAUGAAACAACUCCCCUUUCUCAAGAAGGAAGUUCGCCCUCCCUUUCAUUAAGUAUGCCAUCACAAACGUCAAUAGUUAAUGAACCGACGCCUUUUUCCGGGAGUCUUACGCAAAACUCUGACAUUGAACGUGUGUUAGCAUAUACCGGUCAAUUUUUUAAUUGA